ACCUACACUAUAUUGCCAAAAGUAUUGGCAACUAUAUAUACACUCCUCCAAAUCAUUGGAUUCAGGUGUUCCAAUCACCUCCAUGGCCAAGCAUUUGUGAAAGAAUGGAUUGCUCUCAGGAGCGAUCCAUUCAGUGAAUUCAAGUGUGGUACCAUGAUAGGUUGCUACCUGUGCAAUAAGUCCAUCCAUGAAAUUUCCUUGCUACUAAAUAUUCCACGGUCAACUGAGUCAGUAGUUAAAGACCUCCAAAGUUCCUCUGGCCUUCAGAUUAGCACAGCAACAAUGCGUGGAGAGCUUCAUGGAAUGGGUUUCCAUGGCCGAGCAUCUGCAUCCAAGCCUUACAGCACCAAGUGCAAUGCACUGGGUCGGAUGUAAAGCAAGCACCCAGUGGACUCUACAGCAGUGGAGACAUGCUCUCUGGAGUAAUGAAUCACACUUCUCUGUCCGGAAAUCCAAUGAAUGUGUCUGGGUUUGGCGGUUGCCAGGAGAAUGGUACUUGCCUGACUGCAUUGUGCCAAGUGUAAAGUUUGGUGGAGGGGUGA